AUGGCCAGGCAGAAGAAAAUGGGGCAAAGCGUGCUCCAGGCGGUCUUCUUUUUAGUCCUGGGGCUUUUGGGUCAUUCUCACGGAGGAUUCCCCAACACCAUCAGCAUAGGUGGACUCUUCAUGAGAAAUACGGUGCAGGAGCACAGCGCUUUCCGCUUUGCCGUGCAGUUAUACAACACCAACCAGAACACCACCGAGAAGCCCUUCCAUUUGAAUUACCACGUAGAUCACUUGGAUUCCUCCAAUAGUUUUUCUGUGACUAAUGCUUUCUGCUCCCAGUUCUCGAGAGGGGUGUAUGCCAUCUUUGGAUUCUAUGACCAGAUGUCAAUGAACACUCUGACCUCCUUCUGUGGGGCCCUGCACACAUCUUUUGUCACGCCCAGCUUCCCCACUGAUGCAGAUGUGCAGUUUGUCAUCCAGAUGCGCCCAGCCUUGAAGGGUGCUAUUCUGAGUCUUCUGGGUCACUACAAGUGGGAGAAGUUUGUGUAUCUCUAUGACACAGAAAGAGGAUUUUCCAUCCUUCAAGCAAUUAUGGAAGCAGCAGUGCAAAACAACUGGCAAGUGACAGCAAGGUCUGUGGGAAACAUAAAGGACAUCCAAGAAUUCAGGCGCAUCAUUGAAGAAAUGGACAGGAGACAGGAAAAGCGAUACCUGAUUGACUGUGAAGUUGAAAGGAUUAACACAAUUUUGGAACAGGUUGUCAUCCUGGGGAAACAUUCAAGAGGUUAUCACUACAUGCUUGCUAACCUGGGUUUUACCGAUAUUUUGCUAGAAAGAGUCAUGCAUGGGGGAGCUAAUAUUACAGGAUUCCAGAUUGUCAACAAUGAAAACCCUAUGGUUCAGCAGUUCAUACAGCGCUGGGUGAGACUGGAUGAAAGGGAAUUCCCUGAAGCCAAGAAUGCACCACUAAAGUAUACAUCUGCGUUGACACACGAUGCAAUAUUGGUCAUAGCAGAAGCUUUCCGCUAUCUGAGGAGGCAGCGAGUGGAUGUGUCCCGGAGAGGCAGUGCUGGAGACUGCUUAGCAAAUCCUGCUGUGCCCUGGAGUCAAGGAAUUGAUAUCGAGAGAGCUCUGAAAAUGGUGCAAGUACAGGGAAUGACUGGAAACAUCCAAUUUGACACUUAUGGACGUAGAACAAAUUAUACUAUCGAUGUGUAUGAAAUGAAAGUCACUGGCUCUCGAAAAGCUGGCUACUGGAAUGAGUAUGAAAGGUUUGUGCCUUUCUCAGAUCAGCAAAUCAGUAAUGACAGUGCAUCCUCAGAGAACCGGACCAUAGUGGUGACUACCAUUCUGGAAUCACCAUAUGUAAUGUAUAAGAAGAACCAUGAGCAACUGGAAGGAAAUGAGCGAUAUGAAGGCUAUUGUGUAGACUUAGCUUAUGAAAUAGCCAAACAUGUAAGGAUCAAAUACAAAUUAUCCAUUGUCGCCGACGGGAAAUAUGGUGCAAGGGAUCCGGAGACUAAAAUAUGGAAUGGCAUGGUUGGGGAACUUGUCUAUGGGAGGGCUGAUAUAGCUGUUGCUCCACUCACUAUAACGCUGGUCCGUGAAGAAGUCAUUGAUUUCUCAAAGCCAUUUAUGAGCCUGGGCAUCUCCAUCAUGAUAAAGAAGCCUCAGAAAUCAAAACCAGGAGUAUUCUCAUUUCUGGAUCCCUUGGCUUAUGAAAUCUGGAUGUGCAUUGUCUUCGCUUACAUUGGUGUCAGUGUAGUUCUUUUCCUAGUCAGCAGAUUCAGCCCUUAUGAAUGGCACUUGGAAGACAACAAUGAAGAACCUCGUGACCCACAAAGUCCUCCUGAUCCUCCAAAUGAAUUUGGGAUAUUCAACAGUCUUUGGUUUUCCUUGGGUGCCUUUAUGCAGCAAGGAUGUGAUAUUUCUCCAAGGUCACUCUCUGGGCGCAUUGUUGGAGGGGUUUGGUGGUUCUUCACCCUGAUCAUAAUUUCUUCCUAUACUGCCAAUCUCGCUGCUUUCCUGACUGUGGAGAGGAUGGUUUCUCCUAUAGAGAGUGCUGAAGACUUAGCUAAGCAGACUGAAAUUGCAUAUGGGACCCUGGACUCUGGAUCAACCAAAGAAUUUUUCAGAAGGUCCAAAAUUGCUGUUUAUGAGAAAAUGUGGUCUUACAUGAAAUCAGCAGAGCCAUCUGUGUUUACCAAAACAACAGCAGACGGCGUGGCCCGAGUGCGGAAGUCCAAGGGAAAGUUCGCCUUCCUGUUGGAGUCAACCAUGAAUGAGUACAUUGAGCAGAGAAAACCAUGUGAUACGAUGAAAGUUGGUGGAAAUCUGGAUUCCAAAGGCUAUGGUGUGGCAACCCCUAAAGGCUCAGCAUUAAGAACGCCUGUAAACCUUGCAGUAUUGAAACUCAGUGAACAAGGCAUCUUAGACAAGCUGAAAAACAAAUGGUGGUACGAUAAGGGGGAAUGUGGAGCCAAGGACUCCGGGAGUAAGGACAAGACCAGCGCUCUGAGCCUGAGCAAUGUGGCAGGUGUUUUCUAUAUACUUGUCGGAGGUCUGGGGCUGGCCAUGAUGGUGGCUUUGAUAGAAUUCUGUUACAAAUCACGGGCAGAGUCCAAACGCAUGAAACUUACAAAGAACACCCAAAACUUUAAGCCUGCUCCUGCCACCAACACUCAAAAUUAUGCUACAUACAGAGAAGGCUACAACGUGUAUGGAACAGAGAGUGUUAAGAUCUAG